CCGCUUGCCAUCUUUAUUUGCAAACGUGCAGACAAACUGCAGAGGUGACAAAAGUAAUCAGUCUUUCUACUGAAGUAUCCACUUUGAGUGUUCAGAAAAAGGCUGGAAAAGAUGGAGAACUUCAUCCUGUAUGAUGAGCUGGGAGGAGGCUCUACAUCUAUUGUCUAUAAAGGAAGACAGAAGGGAAAUCUAAACUACAUAGCCAUCAAAUGCAGUGACAAAAUCAACAAACCUGAGAUCACCAACCACGUCCGGUUAAGUCAAGAUCUGGAUCAUCCAAAUAUUGUUCGCUUUUAUGAGUGGUAUGAGACCAAAAAGCACUUGUGGGUAGUGAUAGAGCUCUGCACAGGUGGUUCCUUGGAGUCUGUUGUGAAUCGGGAUACAUGUUUGCCCGAAGAUGUCGUGAGGAAGUUUGGAUGGGAUUUGGUCAAAGGGCUGGAACACAUCCACAAGUUGGGAAUCAUUUUCUCUGACUUGACACCCACUAAGAUCCUUCUAGAUAGUACUGGUAUUUUAAAGUUGAGUAACUUCUGCCACUCCAAGAUGGUGACAGAAACGCUUGAAGAUUUCUUCUCAUUGUGUUCUUCAUGUGAAGAUGCAGAGGAAAAUUAUAACUAUGAUUAUAUGAAAAAAAGGUUUCAAGGCUCACUGACUUACAUGGCUCCAGAAGUCCUUCAGGGAUCAGAAACAACUUUUAUGUCAGAUCUCUGGGCUCUUGGUUGUAUUCUCUACUACAUGUACACCGGUAAAACACCAUUUUUCUCUGCUAACCACAACGAGCUCACUGGAAGAAUUUUACACGAGGAGCCUGUAUCUCCCAUGCAGACAACGUCUCCAACCAUUCAUCCCAGUCAAGGUUUCAAAAAUCUUCUCAGAGCUUUACUCAUCAAAAAGCCUGAUGAGAGGAUUAAGUGGCCAGAGUUACCAAGUCACCAUUUUUGGACACAAGGACAAAAAAAGGAAGAUGACUUAGAGGAUGCAAAGGAGUAUGAUGAUGAUGAUGAUGAUGAUGAUGAUGAUGAUGAGUUUUCAGACAGAAAAAAUGGCGGACAGUGGUGAUUCAGUUGGAUGGCGGGGGCGCCGGAAGAUAAAUAUCUUUACAAUGAAACGACAAGUACUUCAGUGACCAAGUCUUUGGAGAAGUUGACCUCAUCGCGGAAAAAACUCAACAAGAAGCAGACACACACACAUAAUAUUCAUGAAACUGUAAGCAAGAGUCAGGGAUCAGUCAGGAAGUUGGCGGAGACCAGAAAACCGGGGAGGAAAAGACAAAAGAUAGGAUUGGAAGUUAUGCAAAUCUGUUGUUCUUGCUCCUGUGAAAGUUGAAGUGGAAGCUGGAGCCUCUCACACUCUCAAAGAAGGGAUAUAUAAAUAAAACAUAUUACCCGGCAGUGCGGUGAAUUGUCCUUCAUCCGUUCACUUGUCUGAAGAACUUCUUUUUUCCAAUAAGAUGGAAUAUGCCAGAUAUCUGUUAAGUGGAUAAAACCUUGUGCUCACUGGGCACUCAAUUAGGUACAGCAGCACUAUUUUACAGCACCUAAUGCUAUGUUACAUACUUUUACUUGGCCAUUAAAGCUGAUUCUGAUUCUGAGGUGAGGAGGCAUACUUUAGCAAUGCCAUAAUGCUCGAUUAAUUUCUUGCUCAGAAAAAAAAUCAUUACUCACACUACGAGGGACGUGCAAUAUAGUCAGAGCUGUGUCCAUUAAACAUUCCAGUGCAACAUAAAUUAAUUCGCCCCCUUUUAAUGCAAUAAUAGUUGUCAGUAGUUUUGUGGUUAGAAUCACUUGUGGGUUUUCAUUGUUAUCUUUAAAUCCAGGUUUUGCAUUUGAAUUGAUGCGAUGUCCAUUGGUAUCAAUAGCCCCACAGUACAGAGUACACACUACAUCAGAUUCUAAUUAUCCAUACCUUCUCUGUCUCCAUCUGCUGGUAAUCCUUAUAAAUAUGUUUUUCGGUUCAUGUUUGGGCCUACAAAAAAAAAAAAAACAGCUUUGGCAAUGACAUCACAUCCUGUGUGAAAUCUCUUCUGCAUACCGAGGCGGUUCUGACAGUCUUCCCAAUUAUAGACAAUGCCAAGGUACAUUGAUGCAAUAUGUUUUUCUCAAUGUCUUCUUUGAAGGGUAAAUAUCUCCUCCUGUGUGUUAUUUUACGAAACUGAUGCAGAAAUGUAUGUCGACUUGACAGUGUUUGUUGUUUAUGGCCUUUCCAGUUUUUUAAGAGUCCUGCUGUUUAAUUUGAUUCCAAAGAUAAAGAAGUAUAUCAUCAUAUCCAAGUACUGUAGUCUAGCAUGCGGAUUGAAUUGAAUUGAAUUUUUUGCACAAUAUUUUUAUUUUUUUUUUAAAUCCGGAUUACUGAUGACAUCAUUGUUUUGAAUUGUACCACUAAAUAACAUGGCUGUCGUUACAUCAAACAUUUUUUUAUACUCCAGUGUUUACCGAUCUUUA